GGGUUACCUGUCAUCCCAUACAUAUCAAUGGGUAGAUCAAUAUCCCUGCGCUAGAAGUGGGUGAUACAAACCCUCCCCCAGCUACCGCAGGGGAAAUAGAGGUGGUGGAACAGGCAGGUCUCUUGCUGGGCUCCACCCUUUGAGAAUGUGGCAGGGCUGAAACCCAAAUAUCUGACUCUGUGAAGUGCCAGGUGUAUCCACUUACAUUCUGGAAUCUCAAGCUCAGGGUAGACAGUCCCUGAGCCCUGUUUUGGGCUGGUUGGGCUUGGCACUGUGGUUGCAAGAGAAUCUGCUUCUUGUUGCAUGGGCUGCUGUGGCUAUUCUUGAGGGAGGAACUGGGCAACUUCUCUAUUUGCUCAGUAAAUAUUUACUGAGUGCCAGGCACCAUGCUGGCUGCGAACAGACAUAGUCCUUGACCACAUGGAGCUUACAUUUGGGGGGCAGUGGGGGUAGGGCAGAUAAUAAACUCAGUCAUACAAAUUAUAUAUGCUUGAUUGUGUAAAUCGUGUCUGAUUAUAUGUACAAGUAUAUAUUAUAUAUGCUGGUGACUCCCACAUUUAUCAUUUCAGUCUAUCCUCUCCAACUGCUGCCUACUCAACACAUCUAUUGUCCAAAAGGCCAAUUUAACGUGUCCAAAACAGAAUUCCUGAGCCCCCACCCCCCACUCAUCCUAAAGUCCUCCCCAUCUCAGCCAAUGGUGAGUUCUUCCUUCUGGUGGCUCAGGUCCCCAGAACUCUAGAACCAUCCCUGACUCCUCUCUUUCUCAUACAUCCCUUAAAUCCAAUAAAUCUUGUUGACUUUACCUUCAAAUAUACCCAGAAUCUGAUUGCUUCUUACCAUCUCCACCACUUUCACCCUGGUCUAAGCUAUCAUCAGUCUCUUGACUGAUUUUCCUGCUUCCUCCCUUGUCUCCCGACAGACUGUUUUCAUCACAGCAACCAGAGUGAUGCUGUAAACUGACGCAAUGAGCCUCUGAAGAAGGAGCGGCUGAAGUGGAAGAGCGACUACCCCAUGACUGAUGGGCAGCUGCGGAGCAAACGGGAUGAAUUCUGGGACACGGCCCCCGCCUUCGAGGGCCGCAAGGAGAUCUGGGAUGCCCUCAAAGCUGCCGCCUAUGCAGCCGAGGCCAAUGACCACGAGCUGGCACAGGCCAUCCUGGAUGGAGCCAGCAUCACCCUGCCUCAUGGCACCCUCUGUGAAUGCUAUGAUGAGCUCGGCAAUCGCUAUCAGCUGCCCAUCUACUGCCUGUCACCGCCCGUGAACCUGCUGCUGGAGCAUACAGAGGAAGAGAGCAUGGAGCCCCCCGAGCCUGCUCCCAGUGUGCGUCGUGAGUUCCCACUCAAGGUGCGCCUCUCUACAGGCAAGGACGUGAGGCUCAGCGCCAGCCUACCCGACACGGUGGGCCAGCUCAAGAGGCAGCUGCACGCCCAGGAGGGCAUCGAGCCAUCCUGGCAGCGAUGGUUCUUCUCCGGGAAGCUGCUCACAGACCGCACGCGGCUCCAGGAAACCAAGAUCCAGAAAGAUUUUGUCAUCCAGGUCAUCAUCAACCAGCCCCCACCACCCCAGGACUGACGGGCCUAUGGACCCCUGGGAAGAGAGGCUGAGGAGGGCCUCUGCGGGGCUGAGAGGCCUCCCACCUGGAGCACUAGGCCCCCCCACCCUGCUGCUGCCUUUGAGUGCUGUUAUUUUCUUGAGGGGUGCCUCCCCACCAGUUGGCUGCUGAGCAAGCCAGGAAGGAACCCUGCCUCCCAGGGGCAUGUGGGCUACCACUCCCCAGCACUCAGGAAGCAGUGCUGCCACACACAGGCCUUGGCAACCUUGUCAGAGAAAAGGCCAACUGGGGCCCUCUACCCUGCCCCUUUCCCAAGGCAGGUUGGAGCCACGAGGGUUGGCCUGGAGGCCCGCGGAGCCCAGACCCGUCAUCUGGUGCUGCCAGCUGUGCUCACUCCGGUUUUCUGCUCAGGGUCUGAAGCAGCUGCUGUCUCCUGCCCCUGCCCCUACCCUCUGACUCUGCCCUGGGCACAGUGCCAGUCCCCUGGUGGGGAGGGGUCCACCCCUGGGUCCCAGGGCAUGGGGAGUCUGAGGCGGGCCUCUGCCUCUCCCUGCCCCCAGCACAACUGGCAGAGAUGAGGUGGUGGCUGGACAGCUGGGCUGUUGUAGCAGGGGUCUGCACAGGGCCCUCUCCCAGCUGUAACCCAGGCAGUGGGGGGAUCUGCAGCCUGGUUGUGGCCCCACAGCAGGGCCCUGUGUACAGACAUAUCUGCAUAUUUAUCAAUAAAGCCUUUUGCUCCAUCUCUCUCGCCUGGCAUUUGCCUUCGAGUUCUCCUGCAGCUUUGUGGUGCCCCCAGAGCCAGGCGCUGGUUUCCAGGAGCAGUUCUGGUGUGGGAAACGGCGGUGUGGUGCCUCCCCCAGUUGCUCUGAGGAAGCUCAGUAUACAGUGGAGUAAGCCUUGAACCACUAGUCUUUCGAGCUCUUAUCCUUCCUUCUGAGCCCUGAUCCCACCUCAGGAAAAGCCACUUAACCUCUGAACCCACUUUGCUUAUCUUUAAAUUGGAGAUGUUGCCGCCUAUGCUGAUGCUUCCCUCGGUUGUUGGGGGAAUUAAAUGAGGUAACAUGAAAGUGCUUUGAAAGCAAAGGCAGCACCUCAGGAAGGUGGCAUUAGUUACCAGCUAAUCUGCUCCAGGACUGAGGUGUGUGGAAACUGUGGAACACCAUGCUCUUGGUAACGCCAAAGCAGACUCUCUACUACAAAUGUAGAUGAUGAGCAUGGAUCAAGAUUUUGUGUCAGGCUUGCCAGCAAGAGAACCAAAAAGAGAAAGAAACCAGUUUCUUGUGCUUCCAUUAGGGAAUGUGUUCAUAAAAAGAGGAAUCCAAGAUAAGGUUGUUUACCCAAGUGAGCUUUACCUAACCAAAAGCUGUGGCGCCUGCUGCUGGGUCCUGAUGACCCAGGGCUCACUCACUCCCAGAAGUUAAAGGUGUGCAACCAAGCAAGGAAAGGUCUGCUUUUUCUCCGGCUUGCUAUAUUUUCCUCUCAUUGAGCAUGGCCGCCCUGGUCACCCUGAUAGGGAAAGGCCAGGAGAGGAUGAGCAGGGGCUGGCUUGACACUGCAGUCUGACCCUCCCAGUGAAUUCCUGAGGCCCCUCUUGAAGAGAGACCCUAUAAGUCCCUCCUCAGAGGCCUCCUGAGCACUUGCCCUGAGGCAGUGACUAGGGAGGAGACAGAUGAAUGAGGUUUGUCCAUGACUAAUGAACACACAAGUAGCCCUGGUGGGGCAAUAGUUAAGCACUCUGCUGCCAACUGAAAGGUCAGUGGUUCAAACCCACCAGUAGCUCUUCAAGUUAAAAGACCUGUUGAUCUGCUCCUGUAAAGAGUACAGCCUAGGAAACUCUAUGGGGCAGUUCUACUCUGUCAUAUAGAGUCGCUGAGUCAGAAUCUACAGCACACAACACGUAGCUAGAUGCAGGGAUGCCCCACUAGGGGGAGCUGUGGGACCCCAGAAAUGGCCAGCACCACCUGCAGGCAGAGCCGCUGCCCUUGCUCCCACACACUCCCCUAGCGCUCUGACCUGGCAAGGCAAAGCAGCAGGGCCUGUCCACAAGACAGCCUGGGGUGCAGGCCUGCCUUGGGUCCCCACAUUUGGCUUUCAGGCCCCCUCACUGACACU